CCAGGAUUUUGCCUGCGGUCCACACUCCGAAGCUGAAGGUGGCGCGCCUAAGAAAAACUCAACAACUCAAGAAGAAGAAGUCGCAGCAGCAGCAGAAGAAGAAGAAGCAGCAGCAGCAGCCUGAUCAUGCGAACAUUUUCAGAAUGGGUACCCAAGUGAAAGAUGUCGUCAUUAAGCCUGACGCUCCCAGCACACUGCUGCUGGACAAACAUGCAGACUACAUCGCUGCCUACGGCUCCAAAAAGGAUGACUAUGAGUACACGCUGUCAGAGUACCUGAGGAUGAGCGGCAUCUACUGGGGGCUGACUGUGAUGGACCUGAUGGGGCAGCUGCCCCGGAUGAACCAGCAAGAGAUCGUGGACUUCAUCAAAGCUUGUCAGCACGAGUGUGGUGGCAUCAGCGCCAGCAUCGGACACGACCCUCACCUACUCUAUACCCUCAGCGCCGUCCAGAUCCUGUGCUUGUAUGAUAAUGUGGAUGCGAUUGAUGUGGACAAAGUGGUGGAAUACAUCAAAGGGCUGCAGCAGGAAGACGGCUCAUUUGCAGGGGACAAAUGGGGAGAAAUAGACACAAGAUUUUCCUUCUGUGCUGUUGCUACACUUGCAUUGCUAGGCAAGAUGGACGCAAUAAAUGUGGACAAAGCUGUUGAGUUCAUCUUGUCCUGUAUGAACUUUGACGGAGGUUUUGGGUGUAGACCUGGUUCAGAGUCUCAUGCUGGUCAGAUUUACUGCUGCACUGGCUUCCUGUCGCUCACCGGUCAGCUGCACCAGGUGAACGCUGACCUGCUGGGCUGGUGGCUCUGCGAGAGGCAGCUGCCAUCCGGAGGCCUCAAUGGACGACCGGAGAAGCUUCCAGAUGUGUGCUACUCGUGGUGGGUUUUGGCGUCGCUGAAAAUCAUCGGCAGGAUCCACUGGAUCGACAAGGCCAAGCUCCGAAGGUUUAUUCUGGCCUGUCAAGACGAGGAGACCGGAGGUUUUGCUGAUAGACCAGGAGACAUGGUGGAUCCUUUCCACACUCUGUUCGGAGUUGCUGGUCUCUCUCUUCUCGGAGACGAACAGAUCAAGCCCGUGAAUCCGGUUCUGUGCAUGCCUGAGGAUGUCCUGCAGAGGAUUAACUUGCAGCCUGACCUGCUCAGCUAGCCCUCUGACACCCAGCACCCCACCAAAACACACCUUAGUGUUAGCUGACAGACACCUUUUAGAUGCAGGUUUUGGUCUCUGCUCACCAAGGACAAAUACAGUCACACAGACUCGAUUCCUCUGAGCCUUCCUGGCUUUCAACCCGCAACCACUCAACUCACGUUGUUUUGAAGUCACUUUUGUUGGUUUAACUGCAGGAGAACAGUUGAAGUGAUGUUUCAAACCAUUAAAUGACAUUCCUGAAGUUUUUGACUUACUCACUAUGUACGUUUGUAUGAGGGAAAGUAUGCUGUCAGCAACAGAAACUGUUGUGGAAAUCAGUUUCUUAUCUCUUUCUUGCUCUCAUCACCUUUUAAACUUGUCAGUCAGCAAAAGAAGUUAUUACUGCAAUUAAUUUCUUUGGCCAGAGGACAGAGGCAGUGAUUGGCUCUACUUUUUUGAGGAAUAUUCUGUUUAACGUGACAGAUUUGUGCAUUUGAGUUUAAAAACCGAAUGAGAUCUAUGUGUGAAGCGGACAUGCAUGAUCAAGUUGUGUGCUCUGUGAUUUUAGAUUGUGUUUCGGGACACUAGAUUUGUUUAAAGACAUCACAUGUCUUUGUUUUUCUCAUUUUGUUGGUGGAUAUUUACCUUAUUCAUGCACCUGCUAUUUCAAAUAAAAGAAUUUCUGUAUUUGAAAAGUAAGAGCAUGCGAAGGGCAAACUGUCCUUAUCACAACUGGAGAUGCAAGACAGGACUCGUAGCAAACAGCUAGUUUUAUUGAUGUCCCUGCUUUGGAAUAAUGUCAGUUUAAAGUUCAGACGGAGGAAUGGGCAGUGUUAUGUUUGUGACUGGAGACACCAAGCAGUAGAAGACAUUGCAGUGUUGUCUCUUGCGAAGUAUAUUGAACGUCUUAUCCACAGUGUCGGCUACACUAUUUAUUUAAAUCCAUGUUACUCAGCUUAGUUAUGCAGCUGUAGGCAGACACGCUGUGCGAAAUAUUUCCAGUCUUACUUUUUUGAUGAUUCAUGACUACUAAUUUGGUUAAAACUCUUUAGAUUCUUUUUUUUCCUUUCAGAAAUAACUGAUCUUUAUGUUGCUGCACUUGGGUUGUCUUACUGAAUGCAAAUUGGAUCUGUUGUUAGAUAACUCUUCAGUGUUGACAUUGUUACAUAAAAAAAGUCACAUGUUGAAUCUAUUAGUUCUGAGGUUGUACCCAAUUUAAGUGACAAUGCAAACAUUUAUUAAUUAUUAUUAUUAUUAUUAUUAUGGAAACUUAAUGCAAAGUCAUUACUUAAACAAAAGCCUACAUUGUGAUCAUAGGGUUUAAAUCACAGUUCUCACAACUCAAACCUGUAACUACAUACUGAACAACUUGCUAAACUACGUCUUGUGUUGUGGGCUCAGCUCUAAUCCAAAAAGCUGCUUACUGUUGCACCACUGUAUGUGUGUAUAUUAACUUAUUUGUUAUCUUGGUUGGCAAUAAAUGAUUCCCUUCAACUGUAA